UCAGGGCUAUUGACGUUGCCACACUUUCGAGGGAAAUGCUUGUUUUUCCGCGCUCGUCUAGGGAACUCGGGAAAACUCUGGGAAACUCGGAGUGACCACCAACCCUCGCGGCACAGUAACAGAUUUUUGUUUACUGCAAAGACCGCGAUAGUUGCGUGUUUAAGCGCGUCAUCGUUCGAAUCGCACCAUCGCUAACAGCAACAAACAUCAACAAUGACCCGGCCAAACAAAUUGUUCGGCGACAAAGCCUUCGAGUUGUUAAAGGAGCUGGAGAGAUCUUCGCAAACCAUCCCCGCCUUCGACGACGACGGCGUGCGCCAGGUGCUCGAGGAGAUCAAGGCCAUAUUCGAGGAGAACGUGGCGCAGGCCUCCACUUACAACGCCUCGGGGGAUCGGAGUCUUUGGCCACUGCUGAACUACCGGCACGCGGCUCUGCAGCGGAACAAGCGGUGUCUGCUGGCCUACCUCUACGAGCGCUCCAAGCGUAUCAAGGCCUUGCGCUGGGAGUUCGGCCCCAUUAUUCCCGCGGACAUCAAGCAGGCCCUGUGCGAGCCGGAGGUGCAGUUCUUCAACAACUACUCCAAGUCAUUGGCGGCGUAUAUGUGCAGCGCCGGCUACAGCCAAGGACAGGGCCUUGAUCUGACCAACCACCUGCGUCCUCCCAAGUCCCUGUACAUAGAGGUCCGCUGCAUGGAGGACUACGGAAAAUUCGAGCUGGAGGACGGAGAGGUGAUACACCUUAAGAAGAACAGCCAGCACUACUUGCCGCGGGCACAGGUGGAGUCCCUAGUGCGACAGGGUAUUCUGCAGCACCUAGCUUAGGUAGAUUUUAUUUUUAGUAAUAAACAAAUCAACAA